AUGUCGUCGUUUAAGCAAGCGGACCACAAACUGCUCAUGAUUCCCGGACCUAUUGAGGUCUCAGACGAUGUGCUGCUGGCCAAUGCACAUCCGUCGAUGGCACAUGUCUCGCCUGACUUUGUUCCUGUAUUUGGCGAGUCCCUCGAGAUGCUGCGGAAGGUCGCUGAUGCGCCUAGCUCGCAGCCCUUUAUCAUUUCAGGUUCCGGUACACUGGGCUGGGAUCUGGCUGCCGUCAAUCUGCUCGAAAAAGACGAUGACGUGCUUGUCCUGACGACGGGCUACUUUGGCGACAGCUUUGCCGAGUGCAUCGCUACGUACGGUGCUCACCCGACGCAGGUCGUCGCCCCGGUCGGCUCGCGUCCCAGUGAGAGUGAGAUAGAGAUUGCACUGAAGCAGAAGAAGUACAAGGCUGUGACAAUCACGCACGUCGAUACCUCCACGGGUAUUCUUAUGGAUGUGGAAGCCGUCACAAAGAUCGUGAAGAGGGUGAGCCCCGACACGCUCGUCAUUCUCGACGGCGUGUGCAGCGUUGGAUCGGAGGAAAUCCACAUGGAUGCAUGGGGUAUAGACUACCUUCUCUUCGCUUCGCAGAAGGGCAUCGGCAUCCCUCCCGGUCUUUCUUUGUCACUGGCCAGCCCCCGUGCCAUGAAAACGUUUGCAUCGCGCACAACGCCGCCGGCUGGUUUCUAUACAUCUUGGACAAAGUGGCUGCCUGUGAUGAAAGCAUAUGAGGCUCGCACCCCAGCAUACUUUGCCACACCACCCACCAACCUGAUAUAUGCUCUCCACACGUCGCUCAAGACCAUCACGGAGGGUCCUGUGUCUCUUGCACAGCGCUUUGAAAAGCAUCGCGAGGCGUCGCAGCGCGUGAAGAAAGGCAUUGAGAACCUGGGUCUCGAGCAGCUCGCUCAGCCCGACUCGCGUCAAAACGGCGUCGCCAACGGCAUGACCGCCGUUCGUUACCCGCAGGGCUUCAAGGCGUCCGACAUCUUGCCCAAGAUGGCCCAGCGCGGCGUCGUAUUUGGUGCUGGUCUGCACAAGGACGCGAAGGACGAGUACUUCCGUAUUGGUCAUAUGGGUGUUUCCGUCGUCGACCCUGCUCGCAGGGACGUUGACAUCAUUCUCCAGAAGCUGGAAGAAGCGCUGGCCGAGGCUGGCUACCAGAAGCAGUAG